GGCAAAUCCCAGAUUAACCUGGGAGGAUGGGAAGAGGAUUAGAAAGGCAGUUCCAGAACACAAUGGAGGGUAAGGGUGUGCUACGGCGGGACGCUCCAAUCACAGCCUGAAGGACAGGAAGGGGAGAAGGCUUCCAAGCUCUGCCCUCAGCACAAAAAGCAAAAGGCCAGUGGCAACCCUGGGACAUGACAUGUGGGUCCAGAUAGCCAAGAAAGUGAGAUACUUUGAGGAAGACUCGGAGCUCAGAAAGGGCUGGAGUACACCUGUGUGCAUGUCCCAGUGACCUGCUCCUGGGGCCCAGCAGGAGCAGGCAUGGAGGAAACCUACCUGCUGAACGUGGAAGGGGUCAGAAAGAAGAUUCUGCACGGAGGCCAAGGGGAGCUGCCGAAGUUUCAGGAUGGGAGCAAGAUCACCUUCCAUUUCCAGACGUUGAAGGAUGAUUUUGAGCGGACAGUGAUUGACGAUAGCCGGGAAGCUGGCAUCCCCAUGGAGAUCAUUGUGGGCAAGAUGUUCAAGCUGGAGAUCUGGGAGACGCUGCUCAGGUCUAUGAGAGCCGGGGAGGUGGCAGAGUUCUGGUGCGAUGCCAUUCACACGGGAAUGUACGCCCUGGUCUCCAGAGGAAUGCGGAGGAUCGCAGAGGGCCGGGACCCCCUGGAAGGGCAGAAGCAUCGCUGUGGCAUGGGCAACAUGUUUGACUACCACAGCACGGGCUAUGAUGAUCUGGACGAGCUGCAGCGCACGCCACAACCCCUCAUCUUCAUCAUGGAGUUGUUCCGGGUGGAGGAGCCCUCAGCGUACAAGCGUGAUACCUGGGCCAUGAGCAAGGAGGAGAAGCUGGCAGCGGUGCCCAUCCUGCACAGCGAGGGCAACCGCCUCGUGCUCCGCAAGGAGUUUGCACAGGCAGCAGCAAAGUACCAGGAGGCUGUCAUCUGCCUGAGGAACCUCCAGGCCAAGGAGAAGCCUUGGGAGGAUGGCUGGCUGAAGCUGGAGAACCUGGUCACACCCCUGGUGCUCAACUACUGCCAAUGCCAGCUGGAGCUGGGCGAGUACUACGAGGUGCUGGAGCACACGACAGAGCUCCUCCAGAAACACAACGACAAUGCCAAAGCCUAUUUCAAGAGAGCAAAAGCCCACGCUGCUGUCUGGAAUGAGCGGGAGGCACGGGAGGACUUCAUGCGGGUGGCUCACCUUGACCCCUCCAUGGCAGCUGCCGUGAAGAAGGAGCUGAAGCAGCUGGGGGAGAGGAUGAGGAAGAAGCACGUGGAGGAUCGGAAGCGCUACCAGGGGCUCUUCCAGCCAGCCCGGGGUCCACGGGCCAGCGGUGGGCAGGAGAGUGGGGAGGUGGGGGACAGGGCGAUGCUGCAGGAAGAAGUACCCCAGGGUGAGGCUGGGGUCCUGGAGAGCCCUGGGCAGGGGGCAGAACAACCAGCGGCUGACAAAGGGCCCUCUGGGGCCAGGUGUGAAGAGGCAGAACCAGGAGCAGAAGCUGCCCAGGGGCAGCCUGCUGAGAAGGAGGUGGAAGUGAGGGAUGGGACAGAACUGGGGGAAGAAACAAACCUGGGAACCUGUAGGGCAGAACCAGAGAGUGGGGGAGCAGAGAGAGGCUCAGAGAAGGAAGAGGAGAAAAAGAAGAUAGAGGAGGAGAAGGUAGAGGAGGAAGAUGAGAAAAAGGAGAAGGUAGUGGAGGCGGAGGAGGAGGAGGAGGUAAAGGAGGAAUAUAAGAAAAAGGAGAAGGAGGUAGAGGAAGAAGAUGAGAAAGAGGAGAAGGUAGAGGAGGUAAAGGAGGAAUAUGAGAAAAGGGAGAAGGAAGAGGUAGAGGAAGAGGAGAAGAAAAAGGAGGAGGAGGAGGAGAAGGAGGAGGAGAAAGAGGAAAAGAGCCCAGCAGUGGUGACAGAAAAGCUGGCAGUAGGGCAGGGACUGGAGGAGGGAGCUGGUGGGGCAGAGGGAGAUGGCCCAGGGACCAGAGCCAGGGCUGAGCCAGGCACAGCCCCAGAACCAGGGCCGCCCAGCGAGGAACUGGGCGAGGGGGACCCAGAGCUGGAGGAUGAAACACCCAGAGAGGUGCUGGAAGAGGGAACUCAUGAGGACCAGCAAGCAGGCGGCAGCAGAGGAGAUGCUGAGGAAGGCAGCAUGAAACCAGACAACUUCACCUCUAGGUCAGUGCUUCAGGCUGGGCACUUAGGGCCAGAUGAGGAGCUGGGCAGAGAUGCAGAAGUACCUCCUGGCCCCACAGCAGUCCGGGAAGGGGCUGAUGCCCCCCCAGGGCAGUGCAAUGAGAGCAGAGAGCUCGAAGCCAUCACCCUGGGGCACGGCCAGUUAUCCCUGGAUGGUGGAAAGGCUGGUGAACCUCUGAUGAGGAGGCACAGCAAAGGCAAUGGGGCUGCUGCAUCCUGAGAGCAAGUCCCAAGGUUAGGGACUGGCCCCAAAGUGACAUGAGAACAGUGCUGUCCUUCUCCUGCUGCAGCCGGGACCACCAGCCCCACUUUGCAGCAGUAUCUGCUGCCUCCCUGCUCCAACUCAUGAGCUCCAGCACCUUUCAGCUGGUCCCCGCUGAGCUUUACUGGCUGAAAAAUAAAAGCUCUUCCCUGGCAACAUGUGCUGGAUUU